UCUCGUUACUGUACCACUACCGAUUGUCCCGACUCGCGCUUUGUUGAGGAUCGCCGCUGUUGCCCGACUGUCCUGCCGCGCUGCGCGCUGUUCAUAGCAUACCCUAUGAGCAGAGAGCGCCAGAUUCCCGCUGGCCCCAGACGGGAAAACCAGUCGCCCACCAGGAGGACGGUCUCCGGCAGUCCCACCAAGCUCGGCCCCGGCCGCUGGCCCACCACCGACGCCCCGAUGCUCAGUGCUUCGUCCUCAAACAACCACUCUCUCUUCUCCUUUGGCGGCAAACAUGGCCUGCCCGACGACGUGACCGACACCGCCACCUCGUUCGACUUCCUCCCCUCCGUCAGUUUCGACGAUCUGCAGAGCAGCCUGGAAUCCGCCUCGGCAGACUUCAAGCUGACCCAGUUCCCGUCGCCCACGGGCCAAGGACCCAUCCUGGCGGACCGCCCCCUGGCAGCAGGAAACACGAUGGUGGAACGUCCCGACAUAACGCGACACACUGUCGCCAGCCAUGCUGCCGCACAGCAGCCGCCCGUCACGCGCUCGCGAACCGGCUCGAUCCUCCGGAGACCCAGCACGUCCAGCAGACAUGCUAGCAUAUCGUCGACCGCGCCAAGCAACCCUGGCGUGCAGAAUGCUCCCACGGCCCCGGCAGCCAUGCGCUCGCGCCGGCAGAGCCACUACCCCCCGGUCUCCAAUGCCAACAUCGUCAAACCGCCAAGAAAGUCGACCGGGGAUGUUGCCAUUGGAGGCGAGUUUGAGCCUCGCAAGCGGAGACCAAGCGUGGCUUCCUUGUCGGACAGGAAUGGGCUGGAAUCAACAACGCGGUCCUCUAUCGAUGGUGGAUCACGUCUGGCGGGCGAUGUCCUGCGGGCUCACACGAAUUCACGAACCGCAAAGGCGAGAUCCGUGCAACCGCCGCCGAGAGCCAGCCAGGCCAUGCUGUCCGCGGACACGAACACCAUGUCGCUGGACCCCGGCCACACAUCGACGGCGCUUCCUCGCUCGCCAAGGACCUCCGCCAAAGGCCCGAAUCCCACGGGGAAGCGCAUAUCCGUGAUGCCCGGAGCACCCCAACUGCCGCAUGCGACAGGCCUCGGCGCCCGGACGAUUAGCCCUACCGACACGCGGCGGAUGCAACGUCUGUCGAUGCACCACACCCAAGGCCAGCCCACCGCCCCGGUGCUCCCGAACCCGCCGCAACUGACUGCCGACGGCCGCUCCUCGUCUCGCUCCCCUUCCAUACUUCCGCGCAAGAUCUCGACGCCCUCGUCCUCUCGGACAACCCCCGAUCCAAAUAGAAAAUCAUACAGUUCUGGUCUUUCCAUCACCUCCAAUGCCAGCGUCAGCACUACUGUGCGAACAUCCACUGCGUCGGUCCAGCAGCGCAACUCGCAAGCUGCUAGCUCUCGGCUACCUGCCCCAAAAGUUCUUGGUCUUCACAACUCGGUUAGCCACGACGAGGAGGAGGAUGUUCCCCCGGUCCCAGCGAUCCCCAAGGCGUACGAGUCGCCAAAGGAGACGUUUAUCACCGAGGCCGGGCCUCUCGACAAGAGGAAAUCAAAUCUGGCUUAUGACGCGAGCAGCAUCCACAGCAACUCGACAGGGAGUGUGUCUGGCGGAGUGAAUGAGGCACCGCAUGCCAAGACGCACCGCAGGGCGAGCCAGCGCAAGUCGGUCCAUACCUCCAAGCUGGACAUGGAAUCGAAGGCCGUGGUUUCGCAGACCAAGAAGACGCUGGAGCCUUUGAGGCUGCCACCCAUCACACUGGGCCCGUUGAGCACUCCGACCGCUGCCAGGAUCGCCGCGCUUCAAGAGCAGGGUUCGUCGGACAGGAAUCUCUCCCCGCCGCCAGCGAGGCAAAUCCCAAAGACGCCAACGACACCCAUGACGGCGUCCAAGAGCGCAUUCUUCAGGACCCGGCCCGAGGAAAGGACCGACGUGCAACACCUUAGGAGUAGCAGCUCGGUGUAUCGAUUCAGAAGGGAGAGUCCCCCUCCGCCAGAGCCGACGAGCUCCUCCGAGUCUGUUACGGCUGUAAACAACGGGAAUCAAAGAUCCGGUCCGUCGCCCUUCUUGAGCUCGUCGUUGCCCAAAGGAGGCCAUAUGGAAGCUGCAUUCCUGAAGAGGUCCAAGACGGGCGGCGACUUCACUCUCCCGCUAGACAACACGGCCGCGGCGGAGUCGACAACCCAUCUCAGCAAACCCUCGGGUCCCCGAGCGGAAAAGACUGCCACGGCAAGACCAGCCAAAUCUCCGCCUCCGCUGUCCAGCCCUGAUGAGCCCCCGACCCCUUCGUCUAUGAGCUCGCUAAGGAGGAAGCUGAGCUUGUCAUGGAAGCGGAGUGCCUCCAAGAGUGGCAGCAGCGGCCAGCUUCAGGUCGAAAAGAGCGAGCACGGCACCGUGAAGCAUGAUUCCAUGCCUCCGCCACGGAUCCCCGCCUCGGUAACUUUGAACAGCGUCAAUACGGGCAAACCCCCGAGCCCGACGCCGUCAGCCAAGUCUAGCGGGGCUGGAACCUACUUGGAAUCGAGGAGGCGGAAGAGCUCGGCCUCGAGCCUUAACGCCAUUAUCGCCCAGGAGCAGCGCGGCCGCAGCGAUGGGUUGGGCACGGCGAAGAAGGAGUCAACACUCGACACAGUCGCCGAACGCACCACUCUUGCUCACAAUUCAUCUGUGGUGCAAAAGAUCCUGAAGCCCAGACAGUCGUCUGCCGCCCUGCGACACCAUGAUGUCUGGACGGCAGAGCUCGACAAGGAUGACAUGAUCGCCGAGGAGGAGAUGAUGAAGCUGGGGUUGCGGCGCAAGGACACGGAGCUGGCCGCUCGGACGCUGGAUGCGCUGCGGAAGCGUGCCACUCCCAAGGAGCGCGUCAGCCCCCAGGAAGCGAUCCGCAUCGCCGUGCUCAACAUCUACGAGCGGGGCGAGAUCGUGGACUAUAAGGACGUCUACUUCUGCGGCACCCAGAACGCCGCCAAGGUGGUCGGCGAUCCGCAGUCCGACAGUCCCAAUUUUGGCUACGACGACGAACGCGGGGACUACUCGAUCGUGCCUGGCGACCACUUGGCCUACCGCUAUGAGAUCAUUGAUGUGCUUGGGAAGGGGAGCUUCGGGCAGGUGGUCCGCUGCAUUGACCACAAGACCGGCGCGCUCGUUGCCGUCAAGAUCAUCCGCAACAAGAAGCGGUUCCACCAGCAGGCGCUCGUUGAAGUCAACAUCCUGCAGAAGCUCCGUGAAUGGGACCCGCACAACAAGCACAGCAUGGUCAACUUCACUCAUAGCUUCUACUUUCGCGGCCACCUAUGCAUCUCCACCGAGCUCCUGGACAUGAACCUCUACGAGUUCAUCAAGUCCAAUGCCUUCCGCGGCUUCUCGCUCAAGAUGAUCCGCAGGUUCACCAAGCAGAUGCUCAGCGCGCUCAACCUGCUGAAGCAGCACAAGGUGAUCCACUGCGAUCUGAAACCAGAAAACAUUCUUCUCCGGCAUCCCCUACAUACCGAGAUCAAGGUCAUCGAUUUUGGUUCCAGCUGCUUCGAGAACGAGAAAGUGUAUACGUAUAUCCAAUCUCGGUUUUAUCGCUCGCCAGAGGUUAUCCUGGGUAUGAGUUACGGCAUGCCGAUCGACAUGUGGUCGCUCGGCUGCAUCCUCGCCGAGCUGUACACGGGCGUGCCCAUCUUCCCGGGCGAGAACGAGCAGGAGCAGCUGGCCUGCAUCAUGGAGGUGUUUGGGCCGCCGGAGAAGCACCUUAUCGAGAAGUCCACGCGAAAGAAGCUCUUCUUCGACAGCAUGGGCAAGCCGCGCCUCACCGUCUCGUCCAAGGGCCGCCGCCGCCGUCCGUCCUCCAAGACGCUGCAGCAGGUCCUCAAGUGCGACGACGAGGCCUUCCUGGACUUCAUCGCCCGCUGCCUCCGCUGGGACCCCGACCGCCGCAUGAAGCCCGAGGAAGCCAUCCGGCACGAGUUCAUCACGGGCCAGAAGAGCUCGGUCCCCGUCCCGCGCUCCGCCAUCCGCGACUCCUCCCCGAGCAAGCGCGUGGCCAGCCUGAACGCCGGGCCCCGGCCCCUGCCCGAACCGCCCGCAGCGGCCAAGAGCAACCCCUCGUCGCUGCGGUCACGCGACGCCGCCGCCGGAUUUAACGCCCACCACCACAACUCGCCCCUAAAGCCGGGCAUGGCCCCGUCCUCCACCGCCUCCACCACCCGCCGAACGUCGGGCGUCGUCGCCUCCUCCUCCUCCACCACCGCUUCCGCCUCCACCGCAGCGCCCGCGUCGACCAUCCCCGGUCUCAAGCGCACCAGCACCGGCACCGGCGCCGGCGCCGGCACCGCCUCGCAUUCCAACGGCGCGUCGGCCGCCCCGUCGGGCCCGCUCUCCGGCAGCCAUAGCAACAGCAGCCUGCCGCGGGCGUCGAUCCGCAGCGUGAGCGGGAGCUUCGCGGGUGUGGGUGGCGGGGCAGGUGCUGGUGGCGGCGUGAGGCAGGACCUGGCUACUGCCGGGGCGAGUGCCGCGAUGGGGAGGCGGGUGUAGCCGGGUUGGGAAUAUUUGACGGGGGGAUUCCUUCUUGGACGGUGGAAGGUGGUUGGGCCGGUGAGGGUUGGUGUUGCGUCGAGGUCUGGAGUGGUGAGGCUGCCGGUAUGUGUGUGUGAAUGUGUGUGUGCU